GACACACCUAGAAUCUGUUUGUUAUGUUGAUCUCCAGGAUUUAAUAAAUGGCGAUUCUAAAAUUUUUUAUCCUUGCUGUGGCUUUAAAAGGUUUAACUGAAGCAUCUGGGAUUUUACCAGAUGGUCCUUUGAAUGGAACCAUUGGAGGAUCAGUGAUGUUCACAACAUCUCUGACUGAAGCAGACGGACCAUUUCCUGCAGUGACCUGGAAUGUCAAUACCACAAUUCUUAUAAUAAACUACCUAUCAGGCUCAAUGUUUAUUCCCCCAGACUAUGAGAACAGGAUCACCUUUUUUCCAUCUACACUAUCUCUGGAGCUCAGAGGUCUGACCCUGGAUGAUGGAGGAGAGUAUAGUGUUACUGUUUUUUCAGGUGAAGGAGGAAGAAUCAAGCUGGACAUAUAUGUUCCAGUCUCCUCUGUAACAGUAACUCUUCAAAGUGCAGACUUGGUUGAGUUCAGCUCUUUCAGUCUGACCUGCUCCUCCUCUGGGUCCUCGCUGUCCUUCAUCUGGAUGAACAGCAGCUCUGAGGUUACAGCCAGUGACAGAGUUCAGAUCACUGAUGGAGGCUCCACUCUGACUGUAGUCAGUGUGGCUCGCAAUGAUGAACAAUCAUACAAAUGUCGUGUGUUUAAUCCUGUCAGUGAAGGCAUCAGUGAUCCAGUGAACAUCUUAGUCAGCUAUGGUCCAGAAAAUACAAAAAUCUCAGUGUCUCCAUCACUAGAGUUCUAUGAGGAAGGGUCAGAGGUCAUUCUGAGCUGCUCAGCUGAUUCUAGACCUUCAGCCCAGUUUUCAUGGUUUCUAAAUGGGACUAAGCUUCCUGAUUCUGGACCAGAGCUCACACUGAGGAACAUACAGUUAAGUCAGAGAGGAGAUUACAGCUGUCAGGCCUUCAACAGCAAAACUCUGACAAAUGAAAGAUCUCCAUCUUUUUCAAUCUCUGUUCUACAAAAAAUAUCUGGAGUUUCCAUCAAAGUAUCAACAGAGCAGAUCAUUGAGGGGAGCUCUGUCACCUUAACCUGUGAGGCCUCUGGAUCUUCACCGAGCAGAAAAUGGAAGAAGGACGGUUCAGAUCUGAGCUUGUCUGAAAACGUGACACUUUCUGAAGACAACAAAGUCUUAACUUUCAAAGCUGUGAACAAGGACAACAGUGGAGAAUAUGUCUGUCUUGUCAGCAACCCUUUCAGCAGUUCUGAAGCUAAGUUCACCUUUAUUGUUAACUAUGGACCACAAAACGUUCAGAUUGAAGGUAAAGAUAAGAUCAAUGAAAACGAUCAAAUCAAGUUGAUGUGUUCUGCUGAGUCCACUCCAUCUGCUACAUUCACCUGGAGACUGAAUGGAUCAGAGAUCAUUGGAAGUUCUGCUGAGUUCCUGAAAGAAAAGGCUCAACGUUCUGACAGUGGAACAUACACAUGUGAAGCUCUGAAUACUGUCACUAAGAAACAAGCAACAGCUGAACAUGAACUCCGUGUUCAAACAGAAAACUCAUCAGGAUGUUCUGCUGGUUGCAUUGCUGGAAUCGUGGUUGGAUGUUUAGUUGUUGUUACUGCAGCUUCUGCUGGAGGAUACUCUGUGUAUAAAAAACGACACAACAGAAAACCUGAUCCCCCUCCUCCUCACAGUGCAGAGCCAAACCAUAUUUAUGAGGAAAUGUCGUCAGUCUAUGAAAAUGUUGGUAAAUAAACAGAAGCUUUUCUGUGUACUU